AUGAAGCUCAAGGCCAAAUGCCUCCUGACUGACCUUCACAAUCACAUCAACCAGGAUUCCCGCCUCUUACCAAACCUCACCCUGGGUUACAAUAUUUAUGAAAACUACUUCAGUGCAGGAAAGACUUCGGAUGCUCUGCUGGACCUGCUUUCGGAUGGGGAGGCCAACGUUCCCAACUACAGCUGUGGAAGGCAGAGAAACACAGUGGCCGUUCUCGAAGGGGCCGAGACUGACAUCUCCAUCCAGAUUUCGACCAUAUCAGGCAUCUACAAAGUCCCACAGGAUGCCUUUUCCGUCAAAGUCUGGAGACGGUGCAGAGAGAGAGAGGAACAGGAGGCUCUGCCAGAGGAGCUGAUUGAUCAGAUCCUGUCUCUGGACAACUACUUCACUCACAACACCAUCUGGGCUGUGGCCCGGGCCUUCCAUGCAGCCUAUUUGUCAAGAUCAAGGAAGACAAGGAUCAAAGGUGGGAAGGACUUGGAGACUCCAAGGCUGAAGGCUUGGCAGGAGAUCAGCAAAGAUCCCCACCUCUCCCCCAAUGUCACCCUGGGCUACAACCUCCACGACAACUUUUCUAAUGGAAGAAUGACUUUGGAUGUUCUGCUGGACCUGCUUUCAGACGGGGAGGCCAAAGUUCCCAACUACAGCUGUGGAAGGAAGAAAAACCUGCUGGUUCUCCUGGAAGAGGCCAACUCUGACCUAUCCAUCCUCAUUGCUGCCAUGGCAGGCAUCUACAAAACCCCACAGCUUCAUCCUUUCCUGAAGAAAACCCUGAUCUACAAUAACACCAUGGAUGGGAUGUAUUUGGAUGGGAAUGGAGAUUUGAUGGCUGACUUUGACAUUCCCUUGCCUUCCUCCCAGUGUGUGGAGCCUUGUCAGCCCGGAUACUUCAAGGUGGUCCAGGAGGGAAAACCAAGUUGCUGCUAUGACUGCCUUCCCUGUGCAGAAGGGAGCAUUUCCAUUCAAGAAGAUGCAGACCACUGCACCAGGUGUCCAGAAGAUCAGCAUCAGAACAAGCACAGAGAUCAAUGUAUCCCCAAAAUUUUCACCUUUUUUUCCUAUCAAGAGAAUUUGGGAAUCAUCCUGACUUCCUUUGCCCUUUUCCUAAUCAUAACCACAGUUUUUGUCCUGGGAAUCUUCAUUAAAUUCCAAGAAACUCCAAUUGUCAAAGCCAACAACCGGGACCUCUCCUACAUCCUCCUGGUCUCCCUCCUGCUUUCCUUCUUGACCUCCUUCCUCUUCAUUGGCCGGCCAAGGAGAGACACCUGCCUUCUCCAACAAACAGCCUUCAGCAUCAUCUUCUCCAUUGCUGUCUCUUCUGUCUUGGCCAAAACGAUCAUGGUGGUCCUGGCCUUCCUGGCCACAAAGCCAGGAAACAGAGUGACGAGAUGGCUGGGGAAGAGUCUGGCCAAUUCCAUCAUUCUUUCUUGUUCCAGUGUCCAGGUUGUCAUUUGUUUCAUCUGGUUAGGAGUCUUUCCUUCAUUCCCUGAUUCUGACAUGCAUUCCCAGCCUAGAGAGAUCAUUCUGCAGUGCAACGAAGGCUCUGCUGCCAUGUUUUACAGUGUCCUCAGCUACAUGGGCUUCCUGGCUGCCAUCUGCUUCAUGGUGGCUUUCCUGGCCAGGAAUCUUCCUGGGGCCUUCAAUGAAGCCAGACUGAUCACUUUCAGCAUGCUGGUGUUCUGCAGUGUUUGGGUCUCCUUUGUGCCCACCUAUCUGAGCACCAAGGGGAAGUCCAUGGUGGCUGUGCAGGUCUUCUCCAUCUUAGCCUCCAGUGCUGGGCUGCUGGGCUGCAUCUUCAUCCCUAAGUGUUACACCAUUUUGCUGAGGCCAGAUCUGAAUAUAAAGGAGAAACUCAUGUUGAAAAGUGAAAUAGAAAACUAA